CAUUAAAUCUAAGAUUUUAAAAUUUUAUGUUAGUGAUGAAAUUAGUGUAAAUAUGCCAGGGAUGAAAGAUUAUCUUUCUAUUAGAAAUGAUGACGGAAAACGUGAGCAUGUCCAGAAACGUCUCAUUCUCUCGAACUUAAAAGAGUUAUAUGAACUUUUCAAGGAACGUCAUCCAGAUUGCCGGGUUGGUUUUUCAAAAUUUGCAUCAUUGCGUCCUCAACAUUGCGUGCUUGCUGGUUCGAGUGGAACUCACACUAUUUGUGUGUGUUCUAUACACCAAAAUGUCAAGCUUAUGAUGUUAGGGUGUAACUUGGCAGCACUUAUUGAACAAUUAGCAACACCAUUACUGACGUAUAGUGACUGCCUGAAGAUAAUCAUAUGUUAAAACCCUACCUCUGAUUGUUUCUUUUACAACUGUGACAAGUGUCCAGGAAUACAAACUUUGAAAGACUUACUAUUAAAUGUACUAAAAGAAAAUGGGAUUGAUGAAAUUACUUAUGACUAUUGGAUUUCAAAUCCCCGUACGAGCUUAGAGACAUUCGUGAAAACUUCAUCAG